GUGCUUGCUCUACUCUACCUACUCUACUCUUCUCUGCCUGCGUAUGCAUGCAUGUGGAGUGCACUACUUCUUCAUGCAGACCAUGUGCUGGCCUGAGAGGCCCUUGCCCGCUCAGCACAUCGAGGCAUCUCCAAGCAGAUGGGUUCGGGGGGCGGCCAUGUUCUAUGUGGGUGGAGUACAGUACAUAGAGUACCGGUACAUGUGCUAUGUAUGCUAUGGAUGCUACCUAUGAGUCGCGGACUCGCUGCGUUCCAAUUAGCUAUGUGGCUAGCCGGGCGUUCCCUGCGUCGAAGGGUGGCCGGAGAAGAUGAGGUUAGUGGUCGAGGUGGUGGUGGUGGAGGUGGCUUGCCUGCAUCCCCUUUUCCGACUUGUCAACACCAUUCGCGGACAGCAAAACAUGAAGAGACGGGAGCGAAGCGGUGGAAUAGUCUGAAGACGAGAGGCAGUGGAAUGGUCUGAAGACGACGAAGGAGAAGGAGAGACAGACGGAAAUUAGCAGUCAGACAAACAGACAGAGGAAUGGGACGAGAAGAGAAAGAGAAGAGAAAGGGAACGUGAAAGAAGCCGAAGGGCAGGAAGGGGAUCCGAGAAGACGGGCUUCCUUCAAUUUCAAGUCAAAGCGGC